AUGACAGCUCAACUCUUAGGGUCGGCCACGUGGAAGGCCGCCCCCCUCUUCCGCAACCAUCCCGGCUCCGGCCUCUCCCUGACUGAGGAAGCCUUCUUAGAGGCUGUCGUGCACGGCAACGUUUCUGAAGUGAGGCGCUUGGUGGACGAGCUGCCGGACAUCAACGUCAGCGGCGUCCAUUUCACGGGCCAGAACGCUUUGCAGCUGGCCGUGGCCAACGAGCAUUUGGAGAUCACUAAGUUACUCCUGGAGAGGAAAGACCUGACCGGGACUGGCGACGCGUUGCUCAUAGCCAUCCGUAAAGGUUACGUGCGGAUCGUGGAGGCCAUUUUGAGCCGGCGAGACUUUGCUGACGUUCAGAGCUUGUCUUCUAGCUCUAGUCAGGUGGAUGUACGCGGAGACCUCUUUGCCGAUGACGAGAACUGCGGCCUUUUCUCCAACGGCAUCACGCCCAUCAUUCUGGCCUCCCAGUGCCACGACUACGAGAUCGUGCACUUGCUUCUCGCCAGGGGGGCUCGCAUCCAGCGGCCCCACGACUACUUCUGCUGCUGCGGCGCCUGCAGCCGGCAGCAGGCCGCCGACUCCUUCAGACACUCGCAGUCCCGCAUCGACGCCUACAAAGGUCUCGCCAGUCCGGCCUAUCUGUCGCUCUCCAACGAAGAUCCCAUGAUGGCGGCGCUGGAGCUGAGCCACGAGCUGGCGGUCUUAGCCAGCACCGAGAUGGAGUUCAAGAACGACUACAAGAAACUGUCCGUGCAGUGCAAAGACUUCACGGUGAGCCUCUUGGACUUGUGCCAGAACACUGAGGAAGUGGCAGCCAUCUUGCACGGUGACUCGCUGGAGAGUGUGCAAAAGUUGGGCAGGUUAAAACUUGCAAUCAAGUAUGACGUUAAGAAAUUUGUGGCCCAUCCCAACUGCCAGCAACAGCUGCUCUCCAUCUGGUAUCAGAACGUUUCCGGACUCCGUCGACAGACUAUGGCAGUUAAGGUUCUCCUGGUCUUCGGGAUGACAGUUAGCUUGCCAGUUCUAUCUCUGGUGUCCUGGAUUGCGCCAUCCAGCAAGCUCGGGAAGCUGAUGAGUGGUCCGUUUCUGAAGUUUGUGUCCCACGCCGCCUCCUUUGUCACCUUCUUGUGCCUGCUGGUUCUGAACGCAGCCGACCGUUUCAACGGUCCGUCGCUUCUGCCCAACAUGACGACCCACCGUCCACCCUCCCAGCUCUUCCGCAUGAAGACCACGCCUUUCACCUGGAUUGAGAUUCUCAUUGUGUCCUGGGUGCUAGGGAAGAUUUGGAAAGAAUGCAAUGACAUUUGGUCGCAGGACAUCAGGGAAUAUAUCGCAGAACCAUGGAACUUUCUGGACUUCAACAUUUUGGCCAUCUUCAAUGGCUCGUUCAUCGCGCGGCUGAUGGCGUGCUGGCACGUGUACGCCGCUCAGCGCUACGUGGACGAGAACAACACGAACCUGUCCAGCGCCACUCUGCCCUCGGACAUUCGGUAUUUUCAGCUCGCCCGAGUCAAGUGGCUUCCAUCAGAUCCGCAGCUCAUUUCCGAGGGCCUGUACGCCGUCGCGGUCGUGCUGAGCUUCUGCCGCAUCGCCUACGUGCUGCCGGCCAACGAGAGCUUUGGCCCGUUGCAGAUCUCGCUAGGCAGGACGGUGAAGGACAUCUUCAAGUUCCUGGUGAUUUUCAUCACAGUCUUUGUGGCCUUCAUGAUGGGGCUGUUCAACUUGUACUCGUACUACCUCGGGGCCAAGCACAACGACGCUUUCACCACACUGGAGGAGAGCUUCAAAACGCUCUUCUGGGCCAUCUUCGGCCUGUCGGAAGUGAAGUCGGUGGUGAUCGAUAUCGACCACAAGUUCAUCGAGAACAUCGGCUACAUCCUGUACGGCGUCUACAACGUCAUCAUGGUGAUCGUCUUGCUCAACAUGCUCAUCGCCAUGUUCAAUAGUUCCUUUCAGGAGAUUGAGGGUGACGCCGACGUGGAGUGGAAGUUCGCCCGAGCCAAAUUGUGGUUUUCAUACUUUGAGCCAGGCGGUUCACUGCCCGUCCCCUUCAACCUGCUCCCGAGUCUCGGCCCGGUUGUUUCACUCUUGCAAAAACUCAAAGGAUGUCUUUUGGAUGUAGCUCCAGAGAAAGUCAGAGAAAAUAUGCAGUGUGACGAAAUGGAACACAACAAAUUAAGUCAACAAGAAGACUCCAGAGUGGACUCAUCCACUUGCCCAACACGUUAUCAAAAGAUCAUAAGCCGCCUCGUCAAAAGACACAUCCUGAAAGCGCAACGGGACAAAGAAAACGACGAAGUGAAUGAAGGCGAACUGAAAGCCAUCAAGAGGGACAUCUCCAGCCUUCGCUUCGAGUUGCUGGCGAUGGGCAAGCGGGAAGUGAAGACCCUGGCUCAGCUCGCCAGGCAGCUGAAUGAAGUGACACAAUGA